AUGUACAAGGUUUUGGAACGGACUAUCCUGGAACGACUCAUUAAACAUCGCGAAGAAACAACGCGCGACGAUGGAGUACCAGGAAAGCUUGUGGUAAGUGGAGUAAGACAAGAGGCAGUGGCAGGACCCUUCCUGUUCAACUUCGCUAUCGACGACAUCAUGCGGAGAACAGUCGAUCAGUAUCUUGUCGAUAUCGUCUUAGCAUCAUCAGGGUGCCCCCUGACUGAUCUCGAAUACGCCGACGAUGUUAUUAUAUUCGCGGAAGGCAGUACGAAUCAUCAACAUGUUGUCAACCUUGUAUCGAAGCUGGCUGCAGCCUAUGGACUACGCCUACGCCCUGAUGAAUGCAAGCAGAUGUGGGUCUCUUUGAAACUUCGAACGGGAAUCAGGGUGGACGGAAAACCGAUCGAACUCAUCGAUCUGAUCUGA